UAGUGGUGCGGUUCAGGUUGUGAGUGUGUACAGAAUGGCUACUGGUGUGAGUUUAUGGAACAUGUUUCGAGAAAAAUAAUAUAUUUUCAUUAACUUGUUUGUAAACCAAUUAAUAAAUAAGUAAUUAUGGAUAUAGGCGUAUUAAAUAACCAAACUUCAGUGACAUCAGAGCUGUAUUUCCUGAUCGCAAAAUUUUUGGCUGCUGGUCCGUGUCAGGAAACUGCAAAUAUGUUAAGGCGAGAACUGGAAAAUUCAAAGGCUUUACCCAAAAGAUUAGAUUGGCAAGGAAAUGAGCAUGAACAAACGUUUGAGGAAUUGGAGCGAAAGUAUCCGCACAUUGGUCCCACAUACCUGCUGGACAUCUGCCACCGAAUUGGCCCAAUCCUGGACAAGGAGAUAAAGCCAAGUGUGCCUGGGGUGACCUCUUUGCUGGGUGCUGGUCGGCAGUCCCUGCUCCGCUCUGCCGAUGGUCUCCAGCAGCAGAGCAUUCACAUAGUCCAGUAUGGUACACGGCAGCAUGGCUGCCCAGUUAUCGACCCUGUCGGUUUUACCAAGCAGCACAAUCUCGUGCGAGUGUUGCAGGGGCGUGAGAUCGCUGGACCAUUGCAGCGAAGGCAAGCUGUUCCCACUCGCCUCUACAGCAAGCAGCAGUUGUUCAGCCGUACACUAGGACAUCUGUCAGCUGUCUACUGCCUGCUGUUUGAUCGCAGUGGCCGCUAUGUGAUCACAGUUGCACUGGAAAUCAUGGUCAAGUGGGUGGCACCCCUGCUUUAUAUUCAAGGAAUCCUGGCCCAUGAUUGCAGUAGAAUGGAAGGCACAGCAGUUCCCCCAAAUUUUGGCGCACCUUAUGGUGGCCAGGGAGCUGAUGACCUGCUGGUCAAGAUAUGGAGUGCAAUAGAUGGGCGUCUGCUGGUAACGCUGCGUGGUGCAUCGGCAGAAAUUACAGAUAUCGCUGUGAACACAGAGAACUCAUUGCUGGCUGCCGGCAGCAUAGACAAGAUUCUCCGUGUGUGGUGUCUUCAGACAACAGCCCCUGUGGCAGUGCUUACGGGCCACACGGGCAUGAUCACUUCUGUUCAUUUCUGUCCACUGGUUCGAGGGAAUGUUCGCUACCUGGUGUCCACCAGUUCAGAUGGUUCAGUUUCUUUCUGGAGCUACAGUCGCCUCUGUCCUGGGAAAUAUACAUUCCUCCCAAAGCCCAUUCAGUACAAUGAGAGGAUGCGACCAGGACAGGCUCAGAUGAUCUGUGCAUCGUUCAGCCCUGGAGGAAUGUUCUUGGCAGCAGGUAGUGCAGAUCAUCACGUCAGGGUGUAUCUCAUGGUCGGCGAAGAGGGGCCCCACCGCAUCCUGGAAAAUGAGGCUCACUCUGACCGAGUGGACAGCAUUCAAUGGGCUAAUCAUGGGCUUCGCUUUAUCUCAGGCAGCAAGGAUGGGACUGCCCACAUCUGGCACUUUGAACGCCAGCGCUGGAGUUCACUCCAGCUGGUCAUGAGCUCCAAGAUGCCUGGAACACCAGAGCUGGAGGAUGACAGCAAGCAGAAGCUCAAGGUGUCGAUGGUGUCAUGGGACUCUAGUGACAAGUGGGUCAUAACUGCAGUCAGUGACCACACACUCAAGGUCUGGAACUCAGAAACCGGUGUGCUGGUUCAGGUUUUACGAGGUCAUAAGGAUGAAGUGUUUGUCUUGGAAGCGCACCCGUUUGACAAGCAUGUCCUGCUGAGUGCUGGUCAUGAUGGGCAGAUCUUCAUUUGGGACAUCCUUGCAGGUAGCCCUGUUGCAUCAUUCCAGAACCUGAUUGAGGGGCAGGGGCACGGAGCUGUGUUUGAUGCCAAGUGGUCACCAGAUGGAACCAUGCUCGCUGCCACAGACUCGCAUGGACAUAUUCUGCUGUUUGGGUUUGGUGCUCCAACUGAUAGACUUCGCCAGCUGCCAAGUGAGUUGUUCUUCCACACGGACUACCGACCACUUAUUCGGGACUCAAACCACCACGUUCUUGAUGAGCAGACACAGACUGCCCCCCACCUGAUGCCCCCACCAUUCCUGGUGGACAUUGAUGGCAAUCCCUACCCACCGUACCUGCAGCGCCUGGUGCCUGGACGUGAGACUUGCCGGGGUGAGCAGUUGGUGCCCAACAUUGCUGUUGGGGCAGGAGGUCAGCAGGAAGUGAUCGAGGGCUUGCCAGCUCCAGAGCCUCGCUCUAACAUUGACCAGAUGAUAGAGGCCCUGGCAAACCGACAAUAUGGGAAUGACCAGUCCCCACCAGCAGCCAGCCAACAGCCUGCACCAUCCCUUCUGCGACAUAUCGCAUCCCCACGAUCAGGUCAUCGUGUGGGGAUGCGUCGCAGUGGGGACGUGGAAGGUGUGCGCCAGUCAAGUGGGAACUGGCAGCGAGAUGGUAACAUCAGCUGGUGCAAACGCACUCUAGUGCGCAACCUGGAUGCAGCCAUGCUGCGUAACAUGAGACAGAGACUGAUGGCACUUGGAUCACUGGAGUUGGAAACUUACCGUAGGGAACAGCGGCGGCGUCCUGUUGCUGAGGUUCAGCCAGUCCUUCCAGAGCCGGUCGGAUGUAAUCAGGGUGUGAGCACCAGGAGGCAGCAUCGCAGUGGUGGCCAGCGCACACAACACUCAUAUAGGACUCGAGCUGCACGUGGUGAGCAGCAUUUGGCCAGCGAAUUUGAGAACCCUGAGAACUUGGACCUGAGUCCCAGUUGUACAUCAUCCAGUGAAGGGGAUGGAGACGACUCCACGGCUCAUUCAGAGGACCUGGCCGGCUCAAGCGACUCGAGCACAAGUGACUCAGAGAGCUCAGAGUAUUCAGAUUGGAUUGCAGAUGCAGGUGUGAAUCUGGAGCCCCCAAAACGCAGCAAGAGAAGACCAGUGCCCAAACAGCUGCCACAGGGGGACACUGGGCGGCGGCCUGCUCGCACAAAACAGAGCAAGAAGGUGGGACGACCUGCUCCGAACGUGACAAAUCUGUCUGAGGUGCCAGAGGCAUUCCGUCCCACUGAGUGGUUGUCAGAGGUAAUUCCACGCAAGGCUCCCUACUAUCCUCAGAUGGGAGAUGAGGUCAUGUACUUUCGUCAGGGUCAUCAGAUGUACUUGAAUGCUGUUCGUGCAAAGAAUGUAUAUGAGGUUGGACCUAGGAGUGAACCCUGGGCACGGCAGACCAUUAGGGCUCAUGAACUUGUGAAGGUGAUUGGCAUCAAGUAUGAGAUCCGACCACCACGACUCUGCUGCCUGAAGCUUGCACUGAUGAAUGAAGAUGGGCGGCUUACAGGAGAGAAUUUCACGAUCAAGUACCACGACAUGGCCGACGUGCUGGACUUCCUAGUGCUGAGGCAGACAUACGAAACGGCUCUGGCACGUCACUGGAAGCCCGGCAAUUGCUUCCGCUGCAUGAUCGAUGACUGCUGGUGGACAGGACAGAUAGAGUCACAGAGCACCUUGGAUCCUGUGGAGUUUCCUGGUUCACUGUUCAUGUGCUACCGUGUCCGCUGGGAUAAUGGGGAGUAUGAGCGGAUGAGUCCAUGGGACCUGGAACCUGUGGACGAGCAUCGACUGCCACGUGAGGUUGGAGGGGCUGUCCCUGUCCUUCCUGAAGAGCUGCAGGCCACACUGUACCGACCGACAUCGCAAGAAUGGCCACAGGGGGGCCGUGAUGCCACUUGCACACGUAUACUUCGGGGUCUGGACCAAGUCAUGAGUCUGGCCAUUGCAGAACCGUUCAUAGCACCAGUUGACUUGAAUCGCUACCCCAGUUAUGCCCUCAUUGUGGAGUAUCCUAUUGAUCUGUCCACCAUCAAGGCUCGAUUUGAGAAUCACUUUUAUCGCCGUGUGACAUCGGCUCAGUUUGAUGUGCGGUACGUUGCUACCAACGCAGAGAAGUUCAAUGAGCCAGGCAGCCAGAUAGUAAAGAAAGCCCGCAUUGUCACGGAGCUCUGCCUGCGAGUCAUGAAGGACCGGAAUGAUCUGGACGUGUCAGCAGUGUACCACCAGCUGUUGGAUACCUACAAGUCAUCAGAUACCGAAUCCGAUGUGGAUGUGGAAGCAAAGCCUGGGCCAAGCAGCGGUCGGAAUGCUGCCAGUUUGAGCACCAACAUGCCCAAACAUCGGGAGCAGCAGAAGCGCAGAAUGAGCCGACGCACGGCUGCGGCUGCGGCCGCCAUUCCCACUGACUGGCGCCGUGAAUGUAGGGAUCUCCUGGAAAUGCUCUGGAGCUGUGAGGACUCAACACCAUUCAGAAUGCCUGUCGAUCAGCUGGAGCAUCCGGACUACUACCAGGUGAUUGACACACCCAUGGAUCUGCGCACUGUGAAGGAGGACCUACUGGGGGGCAACUACGAGUCACCCCUUGAGUUUUGCAAGGACAUGCGGCUCAUCUUUAUCAACUCUAAGAACUACAAUACAAAUAAGCGGUCACGGAUAUACUCGAUGACAGUCAGGUUGUCGGCCAUGUUUGAGGAGCAUAUGAAGACUGUCAUCUACAAUUGGAAGUGUGCACAACGGCGAGAGGUGCUUGGCAAACUCUGCACUGCACGCAUGAGGAGAAAGUCUGCCAGACCAACAUCCUCAGCGACACGAGAUGCUUCCAGUAGUCAGCCUGCAGUGGGCAGAAGUCGACCAGGGCCCUCUCGACCACCAGCCAAUGCUAGUGAGGACAGUGAGUCUGAGGAGGAAGAGACACCACGCCGCAAACGACUGCCCCCAACCCCCAAGAAACAAACAGGAGUGGUGACAGUGGUGAAUGGGCACACACGCCCUGGCCCCGUGUCUCGGCCCUCGAUCCGCUUGCGUAUCACGAAGGUCCGAGCUCGCAGUGAGUCUGAUAGUCACAACAGCACCAGUAGCAGUUCUGAGUCUAGUGCCUCUUCAUCUUCCUCAUCUGGUUCCAACUCACACAACUUGGGCAGUGCAUCAGACCACAAGCGGACACGUGUGCAGCCCCAGCGUGCAGCUGUCAGUAGGAAGAGACGGCGUCCUGUUUCAGGGGACUCUGAGGAUAGCUACCGCCCUGCUCAAGCUCGGCGUCGUGUUACUAGUGGGCGGCGAAGGCAGCUGCGAGUGGGCCGGCGGACUGUGGUUAGGUACCAGGAGGACAGUGAUAGUGACCGUCGGUGUACACGCAACAAUGACAGGAGCAGGCGUCAACGCCACUGUGUACCUCCUGAUGAGAGUGAGGAAGACAGGAGAGUGCAGUAUGAUACCAGGCCAUCCCGCGCCACAAACAAGGUGCGAUACUGUGAGGCAAGUGAGGACAGUGACCACAGUGCGCGGCGCACAACGCGAGGGCGCAGGACUCACUAUGCAGAGGAUAGCCAUGCAAGCUCAGAUGAUGCUGCUGCAGUGUUGAUCAGUGUGAGUAGCCGGGGGCGUAUCAGGAAAAUGACACCUCGAGCACGAGCUGCCUUCUUACGCAGUUAGAUCAGACCAGGCCACGGCAACUACAUGUGUUUUGUUUGGUACCAAAGCAAGAGUGGGGGUGAGGGAUGAAAGUGUCCCCCCACCCAAGUUUUUGCAGUCAGGUUGGCGACAGUGAUACUCAGGGCAAACUCUGUCGCCCAGAUCUCACAUGUCAGCGGGGGUGAGGCAUUGGUGGUGUUAUCUUAUAGUUCUUAGUUGUUUUUUAUUGUUAGCACCACGGUCAUUAAGUUACUGUUUAUUUUUCCAGAUUCCAUAGAUAUGUCACAUGAAACAUCUACAUGUUUGUGACUGAAUACUAUACGUACGUUUUCCAUAA